GCCAGAAAGAGACAUGUUUCUUAAGGCACUACUGAUUUUUGGUAGAACAGUCCACGAAUGAUUCGAACAUGUCACCACACUUUCCCAUCUGCAAACGUUAACCCAAAACUAAAACGCCCACAUGUUCUGUUGUUUGCACUUUCACCCAGCCGCGCCCGUAGGGGUCUCUAAUUUUCCUAUGAACAGUCUUCAGAUAUUCCAAUACCCUUGGACUUUCUUUUCUUCCAUUUUCUCCCUGAACCAGUUCUUUGCCCCCUUUUACUCGUUUAUUUGUCUGGGUUUUUUCUAGAAGAGAUGAGACUGAAAAUAGUGCAUCAAAAUCAAGAAAAUCGCGUAGGUGAUGAUCGAGAGAUGAAAAAGGAGGAAGAGGUGGAGCAUACCCAUGUGGGUAUUACGCCAGGGGAGGAGUCCAUGAAGGAGACUUCUUCCCCUCUGAACCCUUCCCCCAUUUCUACAUUUGACCCUGUUCUUGUUUAUGGUAAAAGGAAGAGGAAACCAAAGGAGAUAAUAGAUGAGAUUUCGCCUAUUCUCAGGCGGAGGAAGAAACCAUCUACUUCCAAAUCUAAAGAUGCAAAACGAGAUAGUGCAGGAACAUUGAUGUGCAAUGGAGAUGCCACAAAUGAUGGGUCAAGCAGUGCGGUGACUCCAGUCCAAGUGAAAUCGCCGACUAUGAUUCGAGCAGAGGAGGUCCAAUCGAGUCUAGGCAAUGAACACCCUGGCUUUUUGAAGACACUAGUUAGAUCACACGUCGCAAGUUGUUUUUGGAUGGGCCUUCCCGUUCCAUUCUGCAAGUUAUUUUUACCAAACAAGGACACCACAGUUACUAUUGAAGAUGAAAAUGGUGAAGAAUUUGGAGUUAAGUACAUUGCAAACAAGACAGGACUAAGUGCAGGAUGGAGGAAGUUUGUUUCUGGAAAUAAAUUGCUUGAAGGAGAUGUUCUGAUCUUUCAACUAGUCGGACCAUGCAGAUUUAAGGUAUAUGUCAUCAGGGCAAAUGAUUUAACCGAAGUAGAUGGUGCUCUUAGCCUUCUAAUAUUGGAUUCUCAAACUAAACAAAAUGAUGCAGCUGAGGGAACUGCGGAUGUGAAAAUCAAGAAGAGACGUCCAAAGUCUCUGCCUUUGACAGUUGUGCAGAAGAAGAAACAAAAGGCAGGCCAAUUGGGGCUGCAACUUGGGCCGCUCGAGGAACAGUCAGGAAAUGACAGUGACGAGGUUGCUUCUGAAGUUUUCGAGGGUUCAAAGUGUUCUGGAUCCUCCAUUCAUUUUAAAGACAUUAAAAGCUUCGAAGAGUUCCACAUUGUGGUGAAUGGGGUAUGCAUCGACUCGGAAAUUCCCGAACAUGUACGGCAGAAGUACUACGAGUUGUGCCGGAGCAAGAAUGCUUUUCUUCAUGAAGGACUUCUCCCGGGCCUGCACUGUAAGUUAGCCGCCGGUAUGAUUUUCGAAGCUGUCAACACUGCCGAUGCUAUAAGAUCUUGCAAACUCACGACUCCUCGGGAGGAUUUUGAAGUAUGGGAAAAGUCGCUUAGGUCUUUCGAACUUUUGGGGCUGAACGUAGGAUUUUUAGGGGCACGUCUAUGUCGUGUGCUAAAGUUGGCAUUCGAUUCUGAAGGUGCUGUAGAUGCAAAAAAGUACUGGGAGGCUAAAACUAAACGAGCUCGAACUGAAGAAGGGAUUAGAGAUCUUGAAGUGAAGCUCGUGGAAUUGAAAGAAGCAUCUGCGAAAUUUGAUGCUGAAAUCGAGAGUUUGAAAUCAAAGGCGGAGAGCUAUGAACUCAUGUUCCAAGAAGAGGUAAACGCUCCGUGGUAGUUUUCUUCACGGCAAUAUAGCUAGUUAAUUUCUGUUAUUAGUAUUUUAUAAUAGAAAUCAUGCCCAGGAAAAACGAUUGACAGUGUAUCCCAUGGCACUUUUCUUGAUUUUGGAAGAAUUUUCGUGACUUAUAUAAUGUGAAGAUGACUGAUUUUUGU